AGCAGCCGACGUCAUAUUUGGGAAACACCUGUGUUUGCACAUGCGCGACAGGAAACAGGGAUAUCAACAUGGCUUCAAUACGACCAGAUAUGGAAGGCACUUUCCAGAUAAAGUUACCAGAGGGAAACAUGGGUGUUCCUGAUAUGAUGUUGCAUGGGUUUCAGAAUGCACAGAGAGGAAACAGUGCUGUCCAUCCAUUGGAAUACUCAGAAAAACAUUGGCAAGAGAACAAGAUGGCCAUGGAUUUUGGUAUGCUGAGAAAUACACAAGGUAUCCAUGCCCCACUCAAACUACAGAUGGAGCACAAUAUUGUUAGAAAGAUGAAGAGGUUACCAGGACUACCUAGCUCUAACAUCCUAGAAGAUAGUUUGACUGGCAGAGAUGAACUUAUAGAGUUUGAUGAUAUAUUUAACUAUGGGGAUGAGAGAAUGAACAUGCAGAUGCCUCAUUUACAGAUAGAAAAGGAUCUGAAGUUACUGUGAUCUUCAUCAAACUUUUACAUACAUUUCAUGACCUAAUUUCCAUAAGUUAUGAAAAGGAGUAAACUCUUAAAAUUAUGACUGAUAUUAAGUGGAUUAGCUCCCUUUGUUAUGAAACUGUGAAUGAUUGGAGGUUGCCUGUGUUUAGUAUGUGUUCUCUCAUUUGUCUGGAGCAUAUUAAAUGUAAUAAAACUUU